AUGUGUUACUAUGAUGUAUAAGCUAUAUCAUUGUAGAGUGUAAUUAAAAUCUGUUUAAUAGUUUUUGCCUGAAAAAGUAACAAACAUCGAUACAUAAAUAUUUUGCGUUUAUGAUAUUGGUAAGAAUUAUAAGGCUAACAAAUUAUCCCAUUUCAAAAUCCCUGGGCAAAUACUUGAAAACACAAAUACACUCCAUUUCAGAUACCUUACAAGAUCUUCUUAUCUUAGAAAACUUACCGUAUGUUUGUCGAUCAUCUCUAGGAUAUACCACAAUGGAUCUGUUCUCAUAAGAUGUAGAUGCCCCGCUCCUUUUUAUUUAAAUUUCCUUCUCAGUUGAGUAUAAUAUAUUCAUAAAUAUAACGACAAAAAUAUUUGUUAUUACAAUCAAAAUACGUUUCGUGUCUAUUAAUUUAACACACUGUAUCAUUAUAAUAUUGUUGCCGGAUUAAAAUGUCAUUGACAUUUUCAUGGACAAGUCCUUGACGUCGCAUUGUUAUAUAAGGAAUGAAGUCCAGACUUGAUGUUCUCAAGGAACUGGAUAUAACGUGUAGACAGCUGUCGUGUAGAGACAGUGUUAACCUGUGCCCAUCGUCGAGAAUCAUUAACAAUUAUGAGAAGAGAAACAAAAAUGUACUGUACCUUGGUUGCGGCUUUAACAAUUGUUAUCAAUUUACCAAAAGGUCAAAGUAGCGAAAUUAGCGAGGUAGUCUUCAACACAAAUGGAUUUGAAAGUUACAGUUUUGAAUAUGAAACCUCAGACGGUGCUUAUAGAAGGGAAGAUGGUGGUCUAAAUUCUGACAGCAAUGGGCUUGUGGUUCGUGGCGAAUAUGGAUAUAUAGAUAGCGGCGGACAUCUCUACUCUGUUCGUUAUGUGGCCGAUGAAAACGGGUUCCAGCCUCAAAUAUAUAAAGACGAAACAAGAUUUAAGACAUUUAUUUUACGUAGCUUGAUAUGUAUUUUGCCAUACAUAUCUAUAAUUAUUAUUCAAAAUAUUAAUGCUGCAAUUUAUACAUACGAAGAUGUAGAACUACGUCGACUUUUUCCCAAUGAAUUUCCCCAAGACACAGUCAGAAGAAGCGGAGCUAUGGAUCCUGAACAUUUAGGUAGAUAUCCUGAAUUGAAAAUAUAUUACAAAUAUCCAAAAGCUUUUUUAAAUAGCCACUUUGAAGAAUUAAUUUGUUCCGAAGAUGGAAAUAAAAAGCUCUGUAAGGUAAACGUGGACCGGUAUUCAACUGAUGAAAAUAAUUACUUCAUGUCUCCAACAGAAGAGAGCCACGUGGACCGGAGAAGAUUCCUGGUACUUGUUGUUGUUGCCGUCGCGGCCGCCGCCCCACAGAACCCUCAAGAUGUGCAGAUCCUUCGUUAUGAUAUCGACAAUACUGGACUCGGAGCGUAUAGUUAUGCAGUGGAAUUAUCAGAUGGCAGCAAACAGCAAGAACAAGGGCAGUUGAAGAAUGAAGGAACUGAAAACGAGAGCAUUUCAGUUCAAGGCCAGUAUUCUUGGGUUGGACCAGAUGGAGUGGUUUACACAGUGACAUACAUCGCCGACGAAAACGGAUUUCAACCAAGAAUUGAACAAGGACCUGGUGGAAGUAUCCCUAGUGGAGUUAUAUCGUCAUUUCUUGGAUAA